AGAGGUGGGAAAGGCGGGCAAGGCAAGCAAGGCGGGCGGCUGCUGUGGAAGGAGGCAGCAGGAAGGCGCACAGUCUGCUUGAGCGACACCAGGAUGGAGGAGCCCACUGGGAACCUUUCCAUCCGCAGAGACGUCAUCCUUCCCGAGUCGUGCUGGGAUCACGUCACCAUAACAAACCUGGUGGAAGUGCUGAGAUCUUUGGUGGCUUUAACUGACCCUCAGGAGGGGAAGCUGACUCAGUCUCAAGAGAAAGCACUAAACUCGCUGGGCAUUUGGAAAAGUGUACUUAGAGUUGUUCCUGGGCCUACAUCAAAGACCUCAGUGGAGUGACAGCUCAAAGAUGGGAGACCAGGAGGCAGGUGAACCUUUUCUGGGAAUAGUGGCUGAUGGUGGCAGAGACUUUGAAGGAGCUCUGCCCUCAGACACGGUGUCACUCAGCGAUUCUGACUCUGAUGACUUGGGGCUGGUGGGUGAAGCAGAAGUUGAUACAAUAUCUCCCGAGGAGCCAUCUCUAGAUGAAGGGGAUUUCAGAUCAGGAGAGACACCCGACUCUUCAAACAGCGGUCACAGAUCUCCUGUCCAGCCAUUCCAUCUGAAGGGCAUGAGUUCUACGUUCUCUCUGCGUAGCCAGAGCAUUUUUGAUUGCCUGGAAGAGGCAGCCAAGCUGUCUGUGCCCUCCAUGCCUGAAGAUAAUGUUGUUGAUGGGAGGUUUAAGCGUCCAUUGCCUCCGACCACAGUUUCAGGUAACAUAGUCCCAGAACACAUGGGAAGGCAAGCCAGAGCAGUGCAGGCUCCCAAAACCUCUCCUGCGGUGCCUGACUACGUGGCACACCCAGAGCGCUGGACCAAGUACAGCCUAGAGGGAGUUUCAGAGUCCAGUGACAAGACUAACAGGGCAGUGGCCAUGGAAUUUCUCGGUGGUUUGAAGAAAAGAGGGGAGCAACAGAGCUCGGCUACCCAAGAUAGCUACACCCCGUCCUUCAACCAGGACCCUUCCAGCUGUGGAGCUGGGAGGAUUGUCUUCACCAAACCAACUAAAAGAGGUGUUGAUGGACUGGAAAAGAAAACAUCAACAGGGGAGGAUGACAAGAAACAGAUAAAGACAGAUCUGAAAGGAAAAUCUCUUAAGAAGCCGGAUGACUUGAGGGAAGAAGAUAAGGUUGAGCUGGGGCACUUAGAGAGUGGCAGUGGAAAGGCAGCAGAGGAGGAGGAGUGCAUGAUGGAGGGGGACCAGAACACAGAGCAUAAACCUGAUGCAAGGCUUAGUGGUGCAGGUGAAGAGCCAUCGCUGGGAACAGUUGGAUUCCACUGCAGUAAGAAGAAGAGCAGGAAAAAUUUUCGACCUAAAGUAGAUGAUGAAGGGGAGGAGGAUGAGUCCUGAAGGAUGAAGUACAUUGGUACAUUGGAGACAUCCCAGGACUUUCUUGUUCAUUUUAUUUUUUUACUCUCUUCAUUUUUUAUUUUUUUUUUCCCUUUCUGGUCUGAAAACCACGUGAUAGCUUUUUGUUCAGCAGUUUGCAUCAUAGCCACCAAGAAUGUUUUAUGUUGUUAGAAAUUAAGCUACCUAAAAUAAACUCCAGACUUUUUGUUUAUGAGAAUUCUGUGGGCACAGGAUAGUUGCAUCCUGACAGGGUAGAAUAAAGUGUGAUACUCCAGAGCUGAAGUACCCAAAGACACAGAAGUGUUAGCUAAACGGUUGCAGGGCUUCCUAGUAACUCCCAGUUUUGGAAUUGUUCCCAAAUCCUGUGGAAUCCUGGAGAAAAGGUGAUGAGCUCAUUAUGUAGAGAUUUUUAAACAAUGGAAAUAAAACCUAGUCUUCCACUGGAUGUGAUUCUCCUGGCCCUGUCCCAGGAAGGAAAACCUUUUAACUCUUUUGUUUAAAAACAUCUUUCUGUCAUUGCCAUUGAGGGUGAAAGCACAACAGUGCCCAGUUAUAUGAUGUGAGGAUCUGCACCUUUGUAUGUCCUUUCCAGCAGGUGCUGCUUCCAUACUGAUUCUGUAUGUGGAUUGGGGUAUUUGUGGGAAUCAGGUAUUUAUACCAGAAUUGGAGACUAUUUUGUUCUGUGUGAUACAAUAAACUUUCGGUUGGAACUUGA